CUUACAACAGACUCCUAAAGGUCUGCCUGUAAGUGUUGAACUAAAAGAAGAUUCAUUUUCUCCGCACCAAAUCUUGAAUCUUCUCAGCUUAAACAUGCGAGAGUGCAUCUCCGUCCACGUGGGUCAGGCUGGAGUCCAGAUUGGAAAUGCCUGCUGGGAGCUCUACUGCCUGGAGCAUGGGAUCCAGCCAGACGGACAGAUGCCCAGUGACAAAACCAUUGGAGGAGGAGACGACUCCUUCAACACCUUCUUCAGUGAGACUGGGGCUGGAAAGCAUGUCCCCAGGGCUGUGUUUGUGGACCUGGAGCCCACAGUUAUUGAUGAGGUGCGAACUGGGACCUAUCGCCAGUUAUUCCAUCCUGAACAGCUCAUCACUGGCAAAGAGGAUGCUGCCAACAACUAUGCUCGUGGACACUACACUAUUGGCAAAGAGAUCAUCGACCUGGUGCUGGACAGGAUCCGCAAACUGGCUGACCAGUGCACAGGCCUUCAGGGCUUCCUGGUUUUCCACAGCUUUGGAGGUGGGACCGGCUCUGGUUUCACCUCCCUGCUGAUGGAGCGCCUGUCUGUUGACUACGGCAAGAAGUCCAAGCUGGAGUUCUCCAUCUACCCAGCUCCCCAGGUGUCCACAGCUGUGGUAGAGCCCUACAACUCCAUCCUGACCACCCACACCACCCUAGAGCACUCUGACUGUGCCUUCAUGGUGGAUAAUGAGGCUAUCUAUGACAUCUGCCGUAGGAACCUCGACAUUGAGCGUCCUACUUACACCAACCUCAACAGGCUCAUUAGCCAGAUCGUUUCCUCCAUCACGGCUUCCCUUCGAUUUGAUGGUGCCCUCAAUGUUGAUCUGACAGAGUUCCAGACCAACUUGGUGCCCUACCCCCGUAUCCAUUUCCCUCUGGCCACCUAUGCCCCAGUUAUUUCUGCAGAGAAGGCUUACCAUGAGCAGUUAACUGUCUCUGAGAUCACCAAUGCCUGCUUUGAACCAGCCAACCAGAUGGUGAAAUGUGACCCUCGUCACGGCAAGUACAUGUCAUGCUGCCUUCUAUACCGUGGUGACGUGGUGCCCAAAGAUGUCAAUGCUGCCAUUGCAACAAUCAAGACUAAACGUUCCAUUCAGUUUGUUGACUGGUGUCCAACUGGUUUCAAGAUUGGCAUCAACUAUCAGCCUCCCACUGUGGUCCCUGGUGGAGACCUGGCCAAAGUCCAGAGGGCUGUGUGCAUGCUGAGCAACACCACUGCUGUGGCAGAGGCCUGGGCUCGGCUUGACCACAAGUUUGACCUGAUGUACGCCAAACGUGCCUUUGUGCACUGGUACGUAGGUGAGGGUAUGGAGGAGGGAGAGUUUGCUGAGGCCAGAGAGGACAUGGCAGCCCUGGAGAAGGAUUAUGAAGAGGUGGGACGUGACAGCGGUGAAGGAGAUGAGGACGGGGAAGAGUAUUAGAAAUGGCUGUCUUUCUUCCUCUGUCUUUCAAACUCUUUAUCACCCUCUUCUUUCAUUUCUCUUUUCCAUAUAUCCACCUUUAUCUUUUCAUUCUCCCUUUUCAUAGAUCCACAUUUUCUAUUAUUUCCAUCCACUACACUCCUAACCUCAGUCAAAAAGCACUUUAAUUUUGACAAGAAAUGUACAUUGUAUGGAAAACUACAUGUUUACUUGUCAUAAUUUUCAGGUUCCCCUUUAGAGGUGUUCAUACCAUUAGUUUAUAAUCCUCUCCCUUAUGUGUAUUCUUAUAUAGGUGGCUUAGACAAAUUCAUUGGUUUCUAGGAACACUGUUAACAGUCACAAAAUUUCAAAUAAUGUUUAUCAGUGGAGGCUGCUGAGGGGAGGACAGCUCAUAAUAAUGGAUGGAAUGGUGUCAACCACAUGGAAACCACGUGCUUGAUACCAUUCCUUUGACUCCAUUCCAGACAUUAUUAUGAGCUUUCCUCCCUCAGCGCUACUGUCUAUUAUGGAUUCAUAAUAAUCUAGAAAUGAUUUGUUUUAACUACUAACGUAAAGAAUUUAAAGUUUAAAUCAUUUCAGUAUUGAACUUUGUCAUGAGACCUUUUCUUUAAAAGAGUGGUGCUUGUGUUUGUUAGUUUGCUUUGCUACCUAACCACUUUCAUGUCUAGAGGGCAGUGUUGUGCAAUAAAUACAUGUCCAUUUCCUUCUGUGAACAUGAAUGGGCAACAAUUCCCAAUACAUACCCCAACAGAUCAAUACUUUCCUGAACGCUACAAAAUAUCAUGAAGGUAGUAUUAAAACAACACACUCAGAAAAUCACAGCCAUAACUGCAUAGAGGGUAGACCUAGACUCUGCAUUUUCUCACCUUCAGGAUGCAAACAAAUAAUACAUGCAUAAUAUUACAUUCUAUGUUAUCUACAUUCAUUGUGAAUUGGAGAUGUGAACUGUGAAAUGUACUCUCCAAUUUACCAAUGUGAAAGCCAGCUAGGCCUGAGAAGAGCCCAGUCCCAGUUCACAGCCCUGAUCUAAAAUAGGUCCUGGUAUUCAUACCCUGCCCUGUCAUGGGGGAGAUCUGUCAAGCUGUGGGACAGGACAGGUGGGGUUUAAAAAUACUGUUCCCAAUGUGUCUAGAUUGGACCUAAACAGGACGACUGCAGAUGCAAAACACCCUAUAGGCUCGUUUACAAUUAUAUUGUUGUUACCUGCCUAGCAACCUCUUCAAGAGGUUUGAACCUUGUGGCAUAACAGUUAAGGUGUUGGCUUGACAGUUGCUUGGACCUGUGUCCAGGUCCCGGUCAAAGCUAUCCCCCGAUUUUGAUAAAAUAGACAUAUAUGAGCAAGGGGCUUCACGUGGGUCUGAUGUCAUGAGACCAGAAGGAUGAAAACAACAAUAUAUACUGUAGAUCAUUAGUCUUGUGCAAGUAUGUGCCCCGUGAAGGAAAUAACAUAUAGAGUGCAAAUGGAAAGUAUUCAGAUCCCUUGUCUUUUUCCACAUUUUGUUAUGUUACAGCCUUAUUCUAAAAUGGAUUAAGUCCUGAAUGUAUUGAAAAUGAAGGUUUUCAUAAAGGAUCUGUCUGUACUUUG